CAAAAACUUUUGUUCACCGUUUCACGCCAUCGUUCUGUGGCUGGAAGUUUUUUUUCCCUUUUUGCCGUUUGUCCAUCAUCGUUCCUCCGCGACGGAAAAGUCAGCAAGUUGAAAAGUAUUCGUCGAACGUCGCGUCAAAUGAAAACUACGCGUUCGCGAGGCAAGACGUCGAUAUUUUGUUUUUAUGGUCUUGUAAAGUGUUCUAAUCCGUCUGUAGCGUUCGUUCAUAAGCUUUGAGGGACAAGGGGAUUUAUUGUGGUUCCAAAAGUGAUUGUUGGCAGCUUCAAGCUGCUGCGCUACUAAAGGCUCAGAGAGGUGGGCUGUGAAUAAAUUUAUUGUGGUUCGAUUCGAACGAGGUGUUUAGGAAAUUCUAGUGAAGGAAAACCUGUAUCUCAUUCGGGUCGGCUUCCGUUGCGUAGAGGAGAUUCUAUCAUCCCAACCAGUGAGAAAGAAGAGCCUUAGUGCAGUGAUCUCAAGGGCGCAGUUAAUAGGCUUGUUGGUUGGUCGGUUAGUGACGAGAGCGAAAGUGCGUUUCUUAUUAGCCUUAAUCAGACGGGUAGAGACCCAACCAGGAGCCGUGCGUGUGUCAGCGGAAGUGUGGUGAAAAUGAAUUAAUUGCAUAUAAAAUACACAGUGGAAAGCAAAUUUGCAUAUACUGCAUAUAAUUUAUUUCAAAAGGAAAAAGUGAUUCGGAGAAGUAAGGCUCGAAGAGGCACUAUAGCAGUUUUGUGGUGGUGAUAAGAGUGAUAACGCAGCGACGACGUGGCGCGCAUCAUAAGUAGAAGCUAUUAACAUAAGCGUAAAACAGGAAGACACAUUCGUGUGUGCUGAUAUUUUCGGUCGUUGUCAUCGUUUCGAAUCGGCCUGGCAAGUAUCACCUACAAAGUCACAAACAGCUACGUGGAGCAGAUUGAAAGGCACUCGCAAAAAUAAACAAGCUCUUUGUGUUGGAAACCUUACGAAGCAGCCAAGGUUAGGUACAAUGGAGACGUAUGAAAAGAAAAGCAACAUAAACAAUUUGCCUACAAAAUUUCCAGGUGCCCCGAUGAAUCCCUCACUGAUGGACCACGGUGAAGAUCCCCACCCCAGUCUAUCGGAUUGGCACGACUACGAACCGAAUCUGGAGUUUGACGACACAGAACUGUCACAAACGGCACCGGAGCCGGGGGGCACGGUGGUAUUCGAUGAAGAUAAUUUUUCCGGUGAGUUUGAAGAAGUUUCCGAGGACGAAAUCAUCAAAACCACACUUGAUCCGGACAAUUACGAGGAACAGUUGAAGAUAAUGGAGCCCGACGAAAACGCCAUCCGAAAGGAGUUCAAGCGACGGAAGUUUAUCGAAUUCAUCGGAACCGACAAGCAUGGUCAGCCAAUUAUUGCCAUCUACGCUUGCAGUUUGCCGGAAAGGAAAGACCUAAACACGAAUAUCUUUAUUGAUUUCAUCAUUAAAUCAAUGGAAGAGUUUGUCCAGAACGACUACAUCAUCGCUUAUUUCCAUCAGGGCAUGAAGGAUAACAGUAAACCAUCGUUGCAGUUUUUGUGGAACUCGUAUAAAGAACUGGAUCGUAGUUUUAAGAAAAAUUUGAAAAAGCUAUACGUGGUGCACCCAACAACUUUUAUCAAAAUGGUGUGGUUCUUCUUCAAACCAGUCAUCAGCGAAAAGUUCAAGAGUAAACUCAUCUACACUUCGAGCUUGGAUGAACUGAAACAGUCAUUAGGAUUGAAUACGCUUAAAGUGCCGGACACAGUUAGAGAAUUCGAUGAAAAGAUCAACAGCAGUUCUCGCUAUCUGCGGGGCAGUAAAUCUAGUCUCAAGAGCAGCCGCUCGACGGAACACAUUUCCCGGACGACGCAGUUCGGUGUAUCGCUCAAGUUCAUUAUCGAGAACAGUGCCUGCCUCAAUUGCAUUCCACCCAUCGUGCGCAAAUGCGUCGAUCACCUCUCGUUAUCGGACGUGAUCGACACCGAGGGUAUUUUCCGACGAUCUGGAAACUACACCAGGAUAAAGGAACUGAGAGAGAAGCUGAACAAAGGCGAAGAAGUGAACCUGUCGAACGAAGACACACACGUCGUUGCCGCCCUGCUGAAAACGUUCCUACGAGAGCUAGAAGAGCCUCUGCUAACCUACGAGCUGUAUGACGAUAUUGUGCAGUUCGCUGAGUGGACCACCGAGGAGCAACGCUCGCGAAAUGUCAAACAAAUUCUUCGGGAAAAGCUACCGGAGGAGAACUACGAGCUGUUCAAAUACAUUGUUGAGUUUCUUGGUAAGAUUAUGGAGCGGAAAGAUUUCAACAAAAUGACCUCGUCCAACUUGGCGAUUGUAUUCGGGCCAAAUCUGAUAUGGCCCAAACAGGCCCAGAUGUCGCUGGACGAGAUCGGACCCAUCAACGCCUUUAUCGAUUAUGUCCUGCAGAAUCAGGAUGAUAUCUACUUUGUGGAUAUCAACAAAAAGGAUGGCAGUUAUGAUUAACAGCGUUUGAUUUAAGAUAUACGUUUAGCGUUAGAAUCUUUCUCGUUAGGUUGAUGCGCAUUUCCAGGUGAAUGUAAUGAAUGUUUGAUUUUAUGAUCGGUGAUUCUCAAAAGAUGUACCUACCGUUUAGUGAGCACAAGUCAUUUUAUUUUCUGCUAGGGAAUAGGUUUAUCGAAUUAUCGUACCUCAACCGUUGUAAAUGUAUGUAAUAUUAUGUAAUUAAACCAGAACAUUCUUCAACAAUAGUGUGAUACGAGAAGUGUGAUGCGUUUUAGUGAUAUGAGUUUGUAGAUAUUUGCACGAAAGCGUAUUUUAAAAAGAAUUAGCGAAUGUUACAAUUGUUGCGCAAAAACUGCACACAAUUUUAGUCAUUAUAAUAACAAUAAAUUGUUGGUUAUCAUUCUCUGAAUAAUUUAUAUCGAAAUAAUGAUUGUUUAAGUUGUUUAAUAAGAAAGAAAAAACACAAUAAAACGAAUCGAAACCAAAGACGAAAAGAUGUAAAUAUUCCAGCAACAAAUUUCUUAACCACAAUAACUAAUAGAGUAAAUGGUAAAGUAGUAGCAGCUCACUGGAGUGUAUCUCGGGCAAAAACGUGAAAAAUCUUCGGCGUGCCAAGACAUAUUUACACAAUUCAAUCCAUACCCCCCAUAUACCGUAACAGUCUGACUCAAAAGAUAUCAAUAAUAAAAUUCUUAUCAACAGAAACACUAAUCUCUAAACAGUUUUAACGAAUAGAUCAUUUAGAAUGGCAGCUACUUUGUCUGUGAACGCAUGGCAGUCCCUUUUUUGCUGUAUUUGCCAUUGAUAGGGGACUGAUAUGCGACCAUAAGCACAGUCGCAAUUGAACCAGUAAGGUUCUUUUAUGCUCUUGCAAGUUCUAAGUAGUACCAUUUUAAGCACUAUCGUCGGCACUCCAUUGGAAGCCACUACCCAACCAUAAGCUCAUUAUAAUUGCCAUGCGGCCGAGUAGAGAUUUGGCCAUUAGACAGAAAAAAUAAAUGAAAGUCACAGAAUGAGUUAGAUUCGUCUCUCCAAAAUAUGCGCAAUCUUAUCGUCAAUUUUCUUUGUACAUGCCGUGUCGGCGGGAAGAAUAACUUAAAAAUUACAGAAGAAGGUAGAUGAAGGAAACGUUGUACAUAAUCAUAACACUUAUACGCACUCACCCAUGGAAGGGUUGGUGCAAAAAUACAAUCAUCUGACUCACUUGAA